AAAAAAAAAAAAAAAAAAAAAAAAAAAAAAAAAAAAGACAGUGAACUGGAAAAAAAAAUAUGAGAGGAUUAUCAGAUACAGAUUCAGAAUCAAGCAUGUCUUCAGCUUUUUCUUCAUCAUCCUGCGAGCUCAAUGAAAAUCGAAAUUUAAACAAUAUUUCAUCUAAUUUUGCUAAAUUAGUUCGAGAUACUCGAUUCAAAGUAGAACAAAAGACAUCUGAAAUUAACGCUACGAUGCAAGAAAAACUUCCUGAAUGGAAACAACGAGGUGCAAUAUAUUCAAACAAAGCAAAAGAGACAGGUAUUGAAUGGAGUAGAAAAGGGAAAGAAGCUGUUGAUCGUUGGAAGAAAGAAAGAGCAGACGAAUCUCGAAAUAGUAUUUUACGUCAACAACAAAAACUAGGAAUUUUUGGUAUGCCAUUAGAAGUCGCUGUUGCUUUAACAAAAAUAGAAAUAGAGGAUUUAGUGCCUGCUGUAUUUAGAAGAUGUAUAGAAUAUUUAAAUGAUGUUGGAGUACAUGAGGUUGGGAUAUAUAGAAUACCUGGAAGUACAACUACAGUGAAUAAGCUACGUGCUAUAUUUAACGAUGGAUCUGAUGUUGACUUUUAUAUUACGAAACCUGAUACACAUGCAGUUGGAACAUUACUCAAAAUGUACCUAAGAGAACUACCUGAACCUAUUAUUCCCUAUGAAUUGGCUAACGAAUACACACAACAAUUCUUGAAUUCUAUUCAAACAGCUAAUGAUAGCGAUAAAAAGGCAAUGGAAGCUACGCUUACAACAUCACUUUCAACAAUGGAAACAGGUAAAUUACCGCCUAUUUCACCUGAAUUACUAAGAACAGUAAGACACAUAACGUCAAGGUUACCUAUUAAUAACUUUUGUCUAUUGCAACUCCUAUGCCAACACUUGAAACGAGUUACUGAUUACGAACAAGAAAAUCGCAUGUCUAUAUCUAAUUUAGCGGUUAUAUUUAUUCCUACUUUAAACAUUGGUCGAGCCUUAUUUCAUUGUCUAGUUGAACAUUAUCAUGACAUUUUUGAAACAAACAAGUCAAGAAUACCACCCCCACUACCACAAAAGCCACGUAAACUUUACACUAUUACAGAUCGAUUCUCAGCUAGUUCGAUUCCUACAUUAUCACCGUCAUCAUCAUCACUAACAAAAAAGACCCUUCACUCAAAGACUAUGUCAGAUACAGUUAUCUUGGAAAAUAAACCGCUUACAACUAAUAAAGUGCCACCUCCAAAGCCGAGUCGAUCUCCUUCUUCAAAGAAACAAGUCCGUGCGCCUCUUCCAUUACCUUCAAAACCAAGAUCAAAAUCAGUUUCUUCCCCUAUUCAUAAUGAAGAAGAUAUAUGGAUACAAACGGGUCGAGUUGAAGCUAUUGGUAGACAAUUUGAAAUAUUAAUGAAUAAAAAAGAAUAGUUGUAUAUGUCUCGAA